UCGAUUGGUUAUCCAGUAUGAUUUAGGUGCGUGUUUUAUUGCUGGAGCUACUUAGAUUGGCAAUUUCUUUUUAUUUAAAUUUAAUUUAAUAGAUUUAAGCUGGCUUGCCGAACGCUCACCGGUAAAUAGCAAACAUUAAAUUGAAACCAAUUGCACGACUUCGGUUAUCAGCAAUUAUUUCAAUGAGAAAGAUAUGAUUAAAAAAUAAUAAGAGGUAAGGGAACAGACUUGAUUUUUGUAACGAAUGCUAUGCAUAAAAGGAAGGCAAUAUAAUCAGCGAACACGUAGGAACACAAAAACAAAAAAUUAAAAAGUAAUAUUUAUCUCUGUUGUUUUUAUUUUUGAGAAAGAGUACGAAAGCGGUGUGACUAAAAUCACGAAAGAAAAAGUGCUUUCGUGUCACUUAAAAAGCCAAUACACUUGUAAAAAACCAACAAACAAUUGCAUACACUAAAACCAGAGAGCGCAUAUUUAUAUAUACAUAUGUUCUCCAAAAACAACUCCACAAACGACUCGCUGAGGCCAAAAGCUAAUGAAAGUGGAAAAGACGUUUGUAUUGAAUAGAAAAAAUCUAAAAAUAACCAUAAAGAGAUCAACAGUAGUAAAGUAAGGAGAAAAUCUCAAGGAAUAAUGGCUGACGAACAACCAAAUCUUGUUGCUGGACAUCCACCAGCAGUUAAAGCGGGUGGCAUGCGCAUUGUGCAGCAUAAAGCUCCUGCCGCUGAGCGUCCAGCUAAGGAUGCAGAAGAUUGUACCGGAUUGACGCAACCAGUUGCUGUUAAUAGUGGCAUAGUGAGUGGUGCUCCAGUUAAGGGUAAUAUAGAUUAUACGCCACAGGCAGCACAGGUCGCACACUCGCCCAAGCCACCGGCGUUUGUUGCACAAAAACCUCAAAUCAACAUUCAACAACCGCGUAAAUGAGUGUACGCCACACGUUCCAGCCGUUCAAACCUACAGCAACGACAACAGCAACAAUAACAUAAUCAGCUGCAAAAUAACAAAUACAACCAUUACAAUAACAAAAAAAAAAAGCAUUCCAUUUUAAAUAGCCAACAGCAGAUAAAAUGUCUGCCAGUAGAUGAACGGCAGAAAAAGGAUCUAUGAAGCAUAAGAAGUCCUAAAUUGAUUAUUAUUAAAUAACUUUGUAAAACGAAGAGAACACACACAUAUGCUUCAAAGUUGAAAACAUUUGUGAACUAUGUACUCAUACACAUGAAAUUUUUAUAACAUUCGUUAGAAUUUAUAUAAAACUUGUAAAAUUAUUGAAAUUUAAAAUCAUAAUUUUCUUUUGUCACGCAUCUUUGCAUAAACAUAUGUAUAAUUUUACGCACUAUGCUUCCAAAUAUGCACUAUUUAAAUGUAGCACUAUAAGUGUCAUAAGAAAACUUAUACUUGUACUUCAAUGUUUUGAAAAGUAGACUACCAAAUAGCGGUAUAUUUAUUGUAACUAAAGCAUUUUAAAUUAAUUUCAUUCCAAGCGGAAUUGUUUGCACUUAUUUCUUUGAAUACAUAUCUUUGUAAACUAUACGAAAACGAAUAAAAUGUGAUUUUAUAAAAAAUA